GCCCAACCAGCCUCUCCUUUAUGGACUACAUUUGCUGAUAGUGUGGUCAAGCUCAGAAUAGAUCAAUCAUGUUCACAAACUCCAAUAACAGUUCAUCAGAUGUUCAAAGAGACUGUGGAUAAAUAUGGGCCUCUCAAUGCUAUGGCCAGCAAAAAGAAUGGAAAAUGGGAAAAAGUCACAUUUGCAGAAUAUUACAAUCUUUCCUGGAAAGCAGCCAAAAGCUUUUUGAAGCUUGGUCUUGAACGAUUCCACAGCGUAGCAAUACUUGGAUUUAACUCUCCAGAAUGGUUCGUUUCAGCUGUUGGGGCUAUUUUUGCUGGAGGAAUUGUCACAGGCAUCUAUACAACCAACUCUCCCGAGGCCUGUCACUACAUUGCUUAUGACUGCAAAGCCAAUAUCAUUGUGGUAGAAAAUCAAAAACAAUUGGACAAGAUAAUGCAGAUCUGGAGUCAUCUACCGUGCUUGAAAGCAGUUGUGCUAUACAAUGACUCUUUGCCAGAGAGACAUCCCAAUUUAUAUACGAUGGAAGAAUUUAUGGAGUUGGGAAAUGAGAUACCAGAUGCUACACUCAAUGACAUUAUUAGCUCUCAAAAGCCAAAUCAAUGUUGUGUGCUAGUGUACACUUCUGGAACAACCGGGAAGCCAAAAGGAGCCAUGCUGAGUCAUGACAAUAUAACCUGGACAGCAGCACAUGCCAGCAGAGCAGGGGAUAUGCAACCAGCAGAAAUCCAACAGGAGAUCAUAGUCAGUUACCUCCCGCUCAGCCACAUAGCUGCUCAGAUAUAUGACCUCUGGACUGGAAUCAAGUGGGGAGAGCAAAUUUACUUUGCUGAGCCAGAUGCUUUAAAGGGCAGCUUGGUCAAUACACUGAAAGAAGCACAGCCAACAUCUCAUAUGGGAGUUCCACGAGUAUGGGAGAAAAUCAUGGAGAAAUUAAAGGACACGUCUGCACAGUCAGGAUUUAUGAAAAAGAAAGUGUUAUCAUGGGCCAUGUCCAUUAGCUUAGAGAGGAACCUAAACUGCUCAGGAAGUGACUUGAAGCCCUUUCGAACAAGAUUAGCAGACUACUUAGUACUUGCAAAAAUCCGCAGUGCUCUGGGAUUUUCCCACUGUCAGAAGCAUUUCUCUGGUGCUGCUCCUCUCACUACAGAAACUCUGGAUUUCUUCUUGAGUCUGAACAUCCCCUUGUACCAGGCGUAUGGGAUGAGCGAGACCACAGGCCCGCACUGCAUGUCUGGGCCAUAUGUUUACAGACGUCGCAGCUGUGGCAAAGCAGUGCCUGGCUGCAAGGUGAAACUGGUGAAUGAGGAUGCAGAUGGCAAUGGAGAAAUUUGUUUCUGGGGAAGAACUGUUUUCAUGGGUUAUUUAAAUAUGGAGGAUAAAACAAAAGAAGCCAUUGAUGAUGAUGGGUGGUUGCAUUCUGGAGACAUAGGAAGACUAGACAAGGACGGCUUCCUCUAUGUUACUGGAAGAAUUAAAGAGUUAAUUAUUACAGCUGGAGGUGAAAAUGUGCCUCCGAUCCCAAUUGAAGAUGAGGUCAAAAAGGAACUGCCCAUUGUUAGCAAUGCUAUGUUGAUUGGAGAUCAAAAGAAGUUCUUAUCAAUGUUGCUGACCUUAAAGAGUACUCUGGACCCAGAUACAUCCGAUCCUACUGACAAUCUGAGUGAGCAAGCCAGAGAAUUCUGCCAGAAAAUUGGCAGCAAAGCCACUAAAGUGUCAGAGAUUGUGGCAACAAGAGAUCAGGCUGUUUACCAGGCCAUUCAAGAAGGAAUCGAUAGAGUCAACAUGAAGUCCACGGCCAGUGUUCAGCAUAUUCAGAAAUGGACAGUCCUGGAAAGAGAUUUCUCCAUUUCUGGUGGAGAAUUUGGUCCUACAAUGAAAUUAAAACGACCUGCUGUGCUUGAAAAAUACAAAGAUGAAAUUAAUUCAUUUUACAAAGAAUAA